AUGAGACCUCGCAGACGUAGACCUGGACCUGGAAGAGGUCGUCCUGGCCUGCAGUGGCCGGGGCAGACCCAGUUUCGAUUGGAACCAUCUGGUGGAAAGCCAUAUGGCCAAUCUGAAGAGAAUGGUGAGGGAGAAAAGGAGGAGGAUGGUGGUGAUGGGAAUGUAGAGAUGUCUGAUGUGUCGGAUAUGGGCCCUGUGCUGGAUUACUUGAAUGAUGCAACGCAGCAACAGGAAGUUCCAACUUCUUUUGCACCGCCAUAUGCACCACCGCAACCACAAGUAGAUUUCUCACAGUAUCCGUAUCAGUAUCAGCAAUCACAAGCCCAGGCAGGUCCCUCACAACCACAGAACCAACCUCGACCUCAACCUCUAUCCCCAGACCCCUCACAACCCCUAUUCAUGGCCUACCGCCUCCCCUCACCCCCAAUCCCCACCCCCCUUCCCCCCACCGGAACCCUCUCCCUCUCCCUCCCCCUCCCCAACAUCGCCUCCCAAAUUAUGAGCUACCCCCGGCCACCACACCGCGACCCCACGGACGGGCGCGAAUCCCGGCACGACCGCCGCCUCCUCAACACCUCGCCCAAUACAUGGUGGAACUCGUCGCCCUCUCAGCACCGCACCAACCCCACCAGCGACAAGUGCUGGCGGUGCUGGAAGCAGCGCGAGGCUCCCAAGUGCGACUUGCAGGCUACGGGGUAUCCGUGUACGCCGUGCAAGGAGAAUGGCAGGGGCGGGGAAUGUAGGAAUGGACUGCCGACUCGGGAGUGGGAGAUGGAGAUGUUGAGGAGGAAGGAUAUGGGGGAGGAGUUGGUGGGGAGGUCGCCGAUUUUGAGGGGGAGGGGGGGUGGGAGAUGGAGGAGAGGAGGGGGGAGUGGAAGUCUGAGGGGUGGAGGGAGAGGGAGAGGGGGAGGGAGAGGGAGAGGGAGAGGAAGGGGAAACGGGAGGGGAAAGGGGAGAGAGGUGGUGGCUUUCGAUGAUGAUGAGGAGGAGAAGGAGGAGGAUGAGGAUUGCGAUGGUGAUGGUGAUGAUGAUGAUGAUGUCCCAUAUCAGGGACCUCCGAACCGUGCUGGGUCAACUCGAAGACCAGGACUAAGACCAAGACGUGCACCGCCUCAAACCAACGAUACUGAAGAUUUCGAAAUCAAGAUCCUAGCGAAUGGUUAG